AUGGCUUCUGAAGAAAUUUGGGAAAAUGAAGAGGAGCAGCAAGCCUUUUGGACUCAGAAGGAGAACGGCAAUCAGGAUUGCAAGCACCGCUGGCAAGAAGAGGAUUCAAGGCAUAGAGUAGAUUAUUCCAGGAAGGUAGAUGUCAACGAGAAUUCAGGUGCCCUUCAGACUGCAGCGUCCAAAGUCAUAUCUUAUGUUCACUGGUCUCAGCAGCAGGCUCAGGGAUAUGAUCCUGCGGCAUGGCUGAAGUCUGAACUGCUGCUCCCACGACUCACCAUUGAGAACCUAAGCAAAUGGACCAUUUACAAGGACCCACAUCUGGCAAACAGCCAUGGGAUGAAGGUCUUCAGGGAUGAGUGGGAAGCAGAAGAUAUUACUGAGGAUAUGCUAGAGAUGGAUGUAAUGCAGAAACAGGUGUACACGGAUGAAGACCACAGUGUGGAAGUUGAGGAGAUUGAAGAUCUAACUGGACUGGAGUACACUUACAUUGGACAAAUCUUGGUUUCUGUGAAUCCUUUCAAAGACCUCAAUAUCUACUCUGAAGAUGUGGCCACCCAGUACCAGCAAGGGAAUCUCUCCAAAAAUGCCCCACACAUCUUUGCCAUAGCAGAAAUGGCCUACAUGCUAUCCCAGUCAUCAGCACAAGAGCAGUGUGUCAUCAUCAGUGGACACAGUGGGUCAGGUAAAACAGAAGCUGCCAAAGCAGUUGUGCAGUACCUGGCCAUGCUGCACCAGAGAUCAGACAGCUGCAGGAUCACACAGCCCUGCAAUGUCCUACCUAUCCUAGAGAGUUUUGGGAAUGCCAGAACCAUUCUCAACAACAACUCAAGUCGUUUUGGGAAGCUUCUGCAUGUCCACCUGCAACAUGGGGCCAUGGUGGGAAUGUCCAUCUCCCAGUACCUGCUGGAGAAGUCUCGUGUGGUGUUUCAGGCCCAUGGUGAGAGGAACUACCAUGUGUUUUAUGAGCUACUGGCUGGGCUGCCUAUGGAGCAGAAAGAGGAGUUGUUCUUGCAAGAGGCAGAGUCUUACUUUUACCUGAAUCAGGGCAGAGUAUGUGACAUCCUGGGGAAGGAGGACAGUCAGGACUUUGUGGUCUUGGUGCAAGCUCUGGAGAGAAUCAGCCUUUCCGAUGAGCAGCUGACCUCCACCUGGACUGUGCUGGCUGCCAUUCUGCAGCUAGGGAACAUCUGCUUUACCUCCUAUGAGGUGAUGUCUUAUGAUCGGAUCGUCACCCCUCUGUCUGUAGAAGGAGCCACUGAUGCCAGGGACUCCAUUGCAAAGACUCUGUAUUACCUUCUCUUUGAAUGGCUGUUGCUGAGGAUCAAUGAGUGGUUGGCUCCCUCGGAAACGGACUGCACUGUGGGCAUUGUGGACAUAUAUGGUUUUGAGGAUCUAGGGGUGAACAGCUUAGAGCAGCUCUGCAUCAACUUUGCCAAUGAGCAUCUCCAGCAUUUUUUCAGCCAGGCUGUCAUUGCCCAAGAGGAGGAGGAAUAUAGCCAAGAGCAGUUAGCUUGGAUUCCUAUUUCCAAGAUGUACAAUGAGUCAUGCCUCGAUUUCAUUUCUGCAAAACCCCAUGGCAUCUUGCGUAUCCUGGAUGACCAGACUUCACUGCCUCAGGCCACUGACCACACUUUCCUCCAGAAGUGUCAUUACCAUCACAGAAACAGCCCAUGGUACACCAAGCCCAAGCUACCUCUGCCAGUCUUCACUGUGCAGCACUUUGCAGGCCCCAUCACCUAUCAGGUCCACAGGUUUCUUACUAAAAACCGUGACCAGCUGCGUCCAGAGGUGCUGGAUAUCUUCUCUCAGAGCCGCCUUGAGUUGGUGUCUCACAUUUUCCAAAAGGCUAAGGCUGCCUACAGUCAGCAAAGGGAGCUAGGGGCCAGAGGGAAAGGACUCAAGCCUCAGGCCUCCACAUUGGUGUCCAAAUUCCAGCAGUCUCUGCAGGAACUCACAGCCAAGCUGAGGAGGAGCCAUGCCUUCUUCAUUCGGUGCAUCACCCCUAAUCCCCAAAAGCUGUCAAAUAUCUUUGAUGUGGAGUAUGUCACUUGUCAGCUGAGGCAUUCUGGGAUACUGGAGGCCAUCCACAUUAGAAAAGAGGGAUACCCAGUAUUCCUGAAGGAGAAGGCCAGGCAGCUACUGGAGAGAUGGUGGAACCAGAGACAGAGCUGGGCCGUCAUUACCCUCCAGCGGAACUUCCGACGCCUCCUCCGCCGCAGGCGCCUCCGCAUCCUCCAGGAAAAAGUCACGAUCAUUCAGGCUCACUUCCGUGGCUACCAGCAGGAGUUUGAGGAAGGGAAACGAAGGAGGAGGUCCCUGGCCAGUGGCGACAAGGAGAAAGGUCCCAGCCCAGGAAUGGAUGUAGGACUGCUGGAGAUCCCUGCAGAUCUUGCGGCCCUCUUGCACUUAGCUGAAGGUCAGUAUCAAGCACAAACCAACCAGAUAACUGAGGCAUUGCCUCCAGAGGUCAAGGUCAAAGAUGACCUUUCCCUUCCACCUGCCAUCAACAGCUAUCCCUUCUCCUCCUUCAUCAAGUCACACUUCCAGAAGACCGAUUUCCCUGCCCCUGGUCAGCCCCUGCAGCACCCCUUAACCCGUCUGGAAACUGAAUACGAGGAGACUGUGCUUGAGAUCAACAAACUGAUUUUGCGGUUCAUUGGUGACAAGAACCUCCAUGGCUGGCAGGAGGUGCUUCUGGGCAACUACAUUGCUGGGAGAGGUUUGAAUAACCCGGCUCUGCGUGACGAAAUCCUCAGUCAGGUGGUCAGCCAGACAUGGAAGAACCCAGACGUGGAGCAGAGCCGGCGAGCCUGGGUCCUGAUGACAACCUUGCUGAGCUCCUUUGCUCCUUCACCAGUGCUGGAGAAGCCAUUACUGAAAUUUGUGUCAGACCAUGGCAUGGAAGGCUACAAUGCUGUUUGCCAGCGCAAGAUCUUGACAGCAGCACAGCACACAGAGGUUGACCCAGCAGCCUCCCGGGCCUACCCUCCCACUCAGCUGGAGUGGACUGCGAACCAGAGGAGAGGAAAGAUGGUGCUGGAUGUCCAUACCUUUAAUGAGGAGAAGUUCUCAGCUGAAGUGGAGUCCUGGAUGACCGGGGAGCGGUAUGCAGGCUGGCUCCUGAAUGCAAGGGGCUGUGAUAAGAGCCCUCGAGGGUGGUCUGUCUCCAUGUUCACUGGCACCACGUGGCAGGAUCUGCUGGGUUGUGACUUUGUGCUGGACCUCAUUGGAGAGAUGGAGGAGGCCAGGAGCCCCAGCAGCCCCUCUCAAUCCUCAGUCACAUACCCCAUCACCCCUGAACAGGGCAGAAGCUUCCUUCAGAACUCUAUCCCGGAUCCGAUCCCCCCUGCUCCAGGCAUCCAGGCCCCAGCCUUCCCACCACCCAGUCUACCCCCAGACUUCAACCACCUCUACACAGAUGCAAGAUUCAGAGAUGACCUGGGGACUCCUGUGGGCUUGGAUCACUAUGUGGAUGAUCUCUUCAGCCCUGUGCUGCAUCAAGGUUCCAGGGUACCGGAUAUGGAGAGCAGGGAGAGCCUGACUGGCCGCAUGAAGGGAGGCUUCCCUGCAGUGAUGCAAGUACCAGCUUACCAGCCUGUGCCUGCAAUGGCGGGGAUGAUGCCAGCAUCCAUGCCCAUGAUGCCAGGGGUUGGUGGGAUGGCACCUAUGCCAGCCAUGGUUAUGCCCCAGGCACAGUCUGUGGUUCCAGCUGUAGAUCCCAAUCAGUUAGCAGCACAACAGCAAGCCUUUAUCAACCAGCAAGCCAUGCUCAUGGCCCAGCAGAUGACCCUUCAAGCCAUGACCAUGUCUCAGCAGCAACAGCAGCUACAGCAGCAGCGGCAGCAAUCUCCUGAGAACUCAAGGCCAAGAGUCUCGACUCCUCCACGAGCCCCAGCCCCAGCCACUUCCCCCAAACCCAAGAAGUCUCCCAGCAGCCAGAACGUUGCACAGCCACCAAAGGCUCCAGAACCUCCAGCUCAGGUGGAAGAACAGAUUUAUGACUACAAAGAAGACCAGUUCCCCAGCAGCGAAGAUGACGACUACCCUCGGGAGACUUUCCAGCAGAAGAGAGAAUAUUUCCAGAAGAUGGCUCCUGCUCCUAUCUUGCCACUUCCUGAGCCAAAGGCUAAAAAGCAGACACCAAGAGCGAAGAAGGAGCCACCUGUAGUGAAGCCUUCAAGCCCUGAGUCACGGCCUGCACCCAGCCGGGAGAUCCGCAACAUCAUCAAAAUGUACCAGAGCAGGCCAGCCCCUGAGCCACAGCCCAUUGAGCCUGUCAGGAGAGUGUCCAAGCCAUUUAUGAAGAAGAAUGAUCCCAAGAAUGAGGCUCUGGCCAAGUUGGGGAUGAUGAAUCUGCAGUCUCCCAAAUCACCAUCCCCUGGGCCACUAGAGAAGAAACCCAAAGGGAUGCCUCCACCUCCCCCACCUAAGAAAGACUCAGCUUCCAGCUCCAUCAGGGAGAAGCAGAUGCCUCUCCUGUCCACCUUUGGUGACCCACCAACCUCUACUGUAACAGUGGCUGAAGAUGACAGUAUCAAGACCCAGCUGUACAGGCUCACUGCCAGUGUCAGCUUCUCCUAUGUCAACCCUGCAUGGAAAAUCUUUCUGCGCAAAGAGGUGUUUUACCCCAAAGAAAACUUCAGUCACCCUUAUUAUCUGAACUUGCUGUGUGAACAGAUCGUCCGUGACACCUUCUCUGAUUCCUGCCUUCGGAUCUCCAGGGAGGAGAAGCGCAAGAUGAAAGAUCUGCUGAUGGAGUUUCAGGUUGGUGCUGAUGUCCAGUCCAUUCAGGAGGAUGGGAUAAAGAAGAGGAUUGUACUGGCUGCUCGGGAUAACUGGGCUAACUAUUUCUCCCGCCUCUUCCCAGUUCAUGGUGAAAAUGGAAGUGACAUUCAGAUCCUGGGUGUUUCUCACCGGGGCCUGCGGCUGCUGAAGGUCGUGAGGGCAGCCGGCUAUACUCCUGAGCACCUGAAGAUUCUUUGCAGCUACAGCUUUGCAGAUGUGCUGUCGGUGGAGCUGAAAGGCAGCAACGCCCUAGAGUUUUCUUUGAAGACGGAACAGCUCUUCCUGCACUCUGCAAAGGCUCAGCACAUCAAGGCCAUGGUGGAACUCUUCAUCCAGGAGCUGCGGCAGGAUACCAACUAUGUUGUUGCUCUGCGCAGCUAUGUCACAGACGACAAGAGCCUUCUUAGCUUCAAGAAAGGUGACCUCAUCCAGUUACUGCCCAUGCGAAACAUGGAGCCAGGUUGGCAGUUUGGCUCUGUUGGUGGCCGCUCUGGUCUUUUCCCCACCAGCCUGGUGCAAUUGGCUGCAGCCCCUGAUUACCUCAACACCAGCAUGGACAGACAUGGAGGGCUAAGGAAGAGCAUGACAGCUCCCAUGGAGGGUAGGAACACCAGCAGGAAGAGCUCUCUACCCAGCCUGACCUCAGAACCCAACAGCAUCAUGCUUGCUCCUGUUGGUGAUCAUUACACCAUGAUGGACUUUGCCACAGCCCACUUCCGAGAGGCUCAGUCCAUGCUGGGAUGGAAGGGGAUGUCUGCUGAAAAGAGGAUGUCUGGUGAAAAUAAAAGUGCAGCUGACCUGGUCCAGCACACCACGGUCCCAAUCCAGGGGUCUUUGCUCCCAUACUCUGAUAGUGAGCUGAAUGAGCUGGCUACCAAGAACUUUGUAACUGUAAUGCGGUUCAUGGGAGACCAGCCAAAACUCAAGAACCAGAAUGAGGUUGAAUGCAUCUAUGAAAUCCUUCAGCUGUGCAAGGAGAAGGAGAUUUUGCAUGAUGAGGUGUACUGCCAGGUCAUCAAACAGGUCACCCACAACCCUAAACAGGAGAGCUUGCUGCGUGGUUGGCUGCUCCUAAACCUGCUUACUGGCUAUUUCCUCCCUUCCAACAUCCUGAUGCCCUAUGCCACCAAGUUUCUGCAGCAAGCCAGCAGCGAUCCAUCCAGCACCCACUACGACAUAGCCAAGAUCUGUCAGAGCAACCUGCGGAAAAAUGUCAUGUAUGGGGGCCGCCGCCACCUGCCUUUCCCUGUGGAGAUGGAGGCACUGCUGAAGGGGCGUGGGGCCCGCCGACUUGUGAUCUUCACGCCUGGAGGCAUGGAAUUCCUCACCAGAAUCAAGACAUUCACCGUGGCCAGGGAGAUCUUGCAGGAGAUCUGUGAGCAGAUGGGAGCAGGCGAGCAGGAAGAGAUCCGGGAAUUUGCUCUCUUUGCCAUCAGGAGAGCCAGUGAUAAACUCGAGAAAAUGGUGAGGCCGAUAAGAUCAGAGGAAUAUCUUCAUGAUUACCUGCUGGAGGACAACUUGGUUACCAUGAGUUUACGGAGGGUCACCUGGAAAACGCCUCUGCACUUCGAGAACAACAUUUAUACUGAUGUCCAUUAUGGACAGAUGCUGUGGGAUUACCUGAAUGGGAGGAUGCUGCUGGGCUAUAGUAAAGAAGUGGAGAUGCAGGUGAGCAUUUUAGCAAUGCUCCAGCACUGGGCCAAAACAACAGAGCAGCACAGCGCUGCUCCCUCCAGGGAGGAGCUGAAGGAGUACACGCCAAAGCCCCUGCAGUCCUGUAUCAGCCCCCAGGCUCUGCAGAACCAGAUUGGCCUGCUGCUGAGAUCCAGGCAGCCACUCCAGCCAAAGGACGCAAAAAUCCAGUUUAUAGAACACAUGAUCAAAUUGCCUCUCUUUGGCUACAACAGCUACCUUGUAGAGAGAGUCAGUGAUGAGACAAUCCCUGUGCCCUGUUUCUUUGGCGUGAAUAAAGAACAGCUCAUUGCGGUGGAUGGUGAUGCCCAGAUCUGCUGUGUCAUCCCACUGAAAGAGCUGCAGAAGAUGCGAACUCUGCGGCCUGUUUCUGAUGGCGGGCUUCCUGGCAUAGAACUGAACUAUGGCUCAGCUGCCAGCCCCAAGACUCUGUGGCUUGAACUGUCACAGGCUAAAGAAAUGUAUCACACAAUUGGUGUCAUCUUGAGUCAAACUGAAUUUCAGCACUAGAGCCUGAGAAGAGAAGAACUGACCAGGCAGAACAGUGCUGUUUUCCUUUCUUUGGGCUUGUUCUGUGCUCCUUGCCCUGUCUGCUGGAGAAGGCUCUCCCAAAAGCCAUCCUUGCUCUCAGGUGCUUUCCAAGACUACCACCACAGUGAUGGUCUGUUUGUUGAUGGACUGGACCAUAAUCUCACCUCAUGUGACUUGCAAUUCGAUCCCCAUGGGCUAUACUCUUCCUUGAAGUGAUGUAUGUGCUGGCUGAAAGAACCACAUGACACGUUUUUCACACUAUUGCUUUUUCAUAGCCUGCUCCAUCACAAUGCAGCUGAACCAAUGGAAGCACAGAGGCAAUUGCCUUCAGGCUAUGCACUGUGAGAUUGUUUUUUCUUUCUUUUUUGAAUUAAUUAACAGGCACAAAGACUGAUGCUUGCUAGAGAUUUUUUUUUUUUUUUUUUGCAUCAGAAAUCAAUGCCAGGGCUAUGAUAUGACUGCACUGGCUGCUGGUGUUUUUCUAAGACCAGUUUUUUUCUCUAUCUUGAUGUGCAAGAGAUGCCCUGCAGUAGGGUUUGUGAAGCAGGAGAUUGUAGAAAGCAUCUUAAUUACAAAGCAGAUCAGUGUUAAUAUGCAAUUACCACAUGUGCUGGAUCACAGAUUGAGCUGCAAGGGUAAGAAUGUUUAUUGUUAAUUAAUUUCUUACUGACAUAAUCAUGUACAUCUUUUUCUCCCUCUAUUACAAAGAAGGCAGUCAGGUCUGCGCAGCUGUUGUAGUUAAAUGAUGGCUCCAUGCCCAUGGAGAAAAGAGUAUUCAAAGGGAACUUGUAUUAUGGCAGAGGAUAGAGUCCUGGUUUGUAUAAAAAUGCUUAAUUUAUUUUUAUUACUACCGCUAUCUUACUGAACUAAAACAUACCUGCAUUUUUAGGGGACUGCAAUAAAAUAAUCACAUAAGAGCUAUUUUGCAGCUAUGAUGUGACAGAUACUAGUUUAUAUAUAACACGAGAAGGGUGACCUGCAGUAACUGGAAAAGCUUGAGGAAAAGGAUGUUACUGUUGGCUGGGAAUGGACUAGAUCUGAGGGUGCUCAGUGCAAGCCAUGACGCACAGCUGACUCCUUGCUGGUGAGCUGAUGAUAGCAGUAGCAGCUGAGUCUUCUCUAUCAGGAACUUCCCUGCAAGUGCUACUUGCUGGGGCCUGGAAGGUCUCAGCUGAAGCAUGCUCCACCUUUCCCCCAUCACCAGCGUUGCUUAGGGCUAGGUGAAGCACUACAGCAACAUGAAAGAGAGGGAGAGAGUUCUGAGGCUGAACUCAU